AUGGCUAAAUGUGGAUGGAUAUGCUUCGGCGAUACAUCACUCAACCUAGACAUUACCAUCGAUGGAGAAGUGUUAUCUAGGUUACAUACAGUAGUAGACUUAGGACGCAGAUAUUCCCAAGACUUGUCGUUUACAGAACAUAUAUUAAAACAGACCUCUAAGUCUCAACGUCUAAUAGGUUACAUAACUCGAAAUCUUUACAAUACUGAGUCACGUAUUCUAAUGUACAAAGUUUGUGCUCGACCUCGUCUAGAAUAUUGCACGUUUAUUCUUAGCAGUGCUCUCAUAAAGAAAAAAUUAAGACUGGAAUCAGUACAGAGACGAUUUACACUUCGUAUUCUUGGAGCUGAUUGUACCUUAACUUAUAAUUCUAGAUGUAAUAAACUUGGGCUAGGCCCUUUGUGGGGGAGGAGACUCAAACUAAAUCUUAUCUUUUUCUUCAAACUACUUCAUAAACUAUCGUUUACAUCCGAUAACGCGAUUCAAUAUGCAGAAACCUCUCAUUAUGACAUCCGUAAUUCCUUGGCACUAGUGAAACAAACUCAUCCUAAAUCAUCUCUUUAUAUGAAUUACUUCACCUGUAAGUUUUCUAGACUCUGGAAUAACCUACCACAAUCUAUCCGCACGAUAAAAUCACUCCAAUUAUUUGUUCGCUGCAUCGAUGCACACUGCUCCUCUGAAAAUGCAUUGAAUGGUCUAGCGCCUUUAAGUGUAUCUCAUUCCACAAGUGAUAUUUUAGGAACUUUAAAUGUUUAG